UGUGUAUUGACAUUAACAUGAACAUUGUCCCUAAACGGAAAAUUGUCGACAGGUUCACUGUACAUACAGUUAAUAUUUCACAACACAUACACUAAUCGAACAUACAGAUAUAUGUGUGUUCACAUGCAUUAAUAACCUUGCACAUAUACAUUCGUGUUCACAUUCGCCUACCCGCACACAUACGCGCAUGCGCACAACAUACAUGCGCUGACAAACACAGAAUAAAAAAGACGUGCACCAAAUACAAGCGCAUAGAGAGAAGGGGGAAUGAAGAAAAAGAGUGCCAGUCCCAACACCAACAGGGUUUGUCUUCUUCGCCGAGGGGUUUAUGAAGAAAAAAAAACCGAGUUGCUUUAUACCCUCGGCUCUCGUGACGUCAUAGCUGUGAGAGCAGUCUUUUAUCGUGCGUGUAGUGGUUCUGGCACAACCUUUCUCCUAUUGACUGAAUGCAAGCGACACUGUUGCCAAUAGUAGUCUGCGCCGUCGUUAAUCUCCACCCCCACCCUUCCGUCGCCGUGUCACUUGUCACCUCCCCUUGGCAACUCUCUUGUCCCUCCCUUACUGUACCGCUUAUGAGGCUACAACGCGCAUCACGUGCCGUCCAGACUUGUGUUUGCGUUCCAGUAUGUCUGCUUCCGGGUGUGUCCGGGUAUCUCUGUUUACAGGUUUACGUCUGCUAACUAGAGUAUCUGAACUAUUACAUGCAACUUCACUUCUAAUUCUUUUGAAAUCAAACUGUGGUAAGCUUCAGGCUCGAGCCCUAUAAGAAGUGUUGAGAGCACCUUCGUACACAGCUUACCUGGCAGUGGUAGCAGAGACAAGACCUGUAGAACUAAUAAUGAAGUGACAGCUAUCGCUACAAGACGGAGUUCCUCCCACCAGAACAUCCAGACCGACAGAACUCUGCAGACAGAGGAUGCCUCGCCUCGCCUCGCACUCCAAUUGCUGUCCAACAAAACACUCAAACUACAGAAAACACACAAGGAGCAAAAAUAAACAUUAUAUCUCCAUGCCCACGCACCAUCCAUGAAAAAGUAGCUAGCAUAAACACUGAUCUCCAAUAAUAAAGCCCAGUAAGAAAAUUUAAAAAAAAAACACUGACCACCAGCAGCAAUGAGCAGCUAGCAGCCAAUGAAAAAGAACCCCACCUACAGUAACUGACACAUCUGCAACGGAGCAGUGACCCUACCUCCCAUACCUACCCCACACCCUUCCCCUCUUACCCAUAACCUCCCUUUCUCUCUUAUGCCUCACAUCCCCCUUCCCCCACAGUGUGAAAUCGUUCCACGGUGGAAGUACUUUUUCCUCCCCAAAUCAACAACAUUAUAAGGAAUCUCAGGAUGUCUGGUUACGGGUAUGUAUCCGAGGGUGCGUCUGCUUAAACUGUCUUAAACUAUAUCUUCCUCCGGGUAUAUCAAUGCAUGUCUUUCUACGAGUAUAUCGACUAACCAUUAAACAUCUGUAUCCACAACAACCCUUCCUCUACCUCUACCUCCUGAAAUAAAGGAAUUCGACUUUUACACGACGAGCCACACCGGGCGAAGACAAGGUUGUAACGAGACUUCGUUAGUGCUGACGUGUGCUGUCGCUGAUAAAGGGGCCCGCCAGAUUUUUUUUUUUUUUUUGGUUUGACUCUCCAGCUCCCCGAACCCCCGCCCACCCUAGGCUGGGACCUCGCGAAAGGCGGCGACACCUUAGGGCCCCGCCACGGCGAUAACCUCCUGGCCAGUGUUGAGAGAGGGAGGAAACAGUUCUUCUUCUCGAGACUUGGCGGCCGCUGCGUCAGUCUGCGUGCGACGGCGUAGAGCGUGCAUCGUGUGUGUACAGUGUACUUGUGAGCCGCAAUAUGGUUCUCUUAUUACACCAUGGACAUGCUGCUUACAGAUCUUACUCCAGAGCUUGUGACUCAAUACCUACAGCAAAACCCAGAAUUCUUAGAACAUCACGUGACCGCAUACGUCAACACCGAGCAGAUUGAACGUUGGUUGCAGAGAAAGACCAACGUUAGUUCUCGGGCAGGGAACAGGUAUCGACUGGAUCAUCAUACACUCAAUGAAUGCCAGGGUUGUGUUCCUUGUAAAACACUCAGACAUGAUACUGUGUCUUUGACAGGGGAAGUCACUACUGAGGCAAGGACUUCAUCUCUUUCAAAAUGGAAGUCUCGCAUCCAGUCAAGCAAAGGGAGAGUAUUACAAGAACUAUCAAAGGAAAUGAACCAACAGCAUGGCAAACUGGCGGUUUUGUUAGAGCUGUCUGCCUGUGUGUCCGCUGCGGUGUGUGCGGAUGGUCACAACCUGUACGCAGUGGACGAAAACAAAGAGGAAAUAAGUCAUAUAUUUACAGAUAGUAGCGGCCAGAUAGUACAGGGGCGAACUGAGAAGACGAGGUACCGAGCGACUGUGGCAUCACAUGUGGCCUACUCCAAGGAACCUGUGAGGUUAAAGGACUUGGCCAUGGACAGGCGAUUUCCCGACGGCCUUGGUGUCGGCAGCAACAGGGCGCACUCUGUGUUGGCACUCCCCAUAACUGAUGGCAACUGUGUUGUGCUCGGUGCUGUAGAGUUCUACAGGUAUUCCAAGUACAGCCAUUUUACUGAAGAAGAAGAGGAGGUUGCUGUCUACAUGUUUUUAUGGGCCGACAUGUUUGUGGCCUACAUGGAGAUGCACAACAGCAUGACAAGACAGAGAAAACUAAACGAAUUUUUGCUGGCCGUUACGAAGUCUGUUUUCCAGGACAUUGUGAGUAUGGACUCCGUCAUCAUGAAGAUCAUGAAUUAUGCUCAGAAACUGGUCAGUGCUGACCGUGCCUCCUUAUUUCUCCUUGACCACAAGUCCAGAGAGCUGUACGCACGCAUUUUCGACGUGGGUAGCGCUCAGGGCUUUGUCUCAGACGAGCGCCAGCACAAGGAGAUAAGGUUUCCCAUGGAUAAGGGAGUGGCAGGCCAUGUGGCAUCAACAGGAGAGGUUCUGAACAUCAAAGACGCCUACAGUGACAACAGGUUCAACAGGGAUGUGGACCUCCAGACCGGCUAUCGAACACAGACCAUCCUCUGCAUGCCUAUCUACAUCCGGGGCAGCAUCAUCGGCGUGGUGCAGAUGGUCAACAAGUUGUCGGGAUCUUUCACUCGCAAUGACGAAGAAGCCUUCGAGACUUUCGCCAUCUACUGCGGGCUGGCUCUCCACCACGCAAAGUUGUACGACAAAGUACGACGGUCCGAACAGAAAUACCGGGUGGCCUUGGAGGUGCUGUCCUACCACAGCCAGUGCACGGAACAAGAACUGAACGCUCUGAAGGCUGAGCCUAUUCCAGACAACAUCCCCAGCAUAACAGAUUACACUUUUUCACCGUGGUCUGUGGAGGACAAUAAGAAGCCGCUGCAAGUGCUGUAUAUGCUCCGAGACCUCUUCAGUCCUAUGAGAACAUCUAAUCGAGAACAAAGGUUCGACACCACGGACCUGAUGCGCUUCACGUUGACAGUGAGGAAGAACUACCGCAAUGUACCCUACCAUAACUGGGUGCACGCCUUCUCCGUGGCGCACUCCAUGUACACCGUGGUCAAGACCUGUCAGCACCAGCUCACGCACCUAGAGUGCCUGGCCCUCUUCGUGGCCUGUCUGUGCCAUGACCUUGACCAUCGAGGCAAAACCAACGCUUUCAUGGUCAAGAGUGCUACCCCUUUGGCUGCUGUCUACUCCACGUCAACGAUGGAGCAUCACCACUUCAACCAGACGGUCACCAUCUUGCAGCACGAGGGUCACAACAUCUUCAAGCACCUUACAUCGGAUGAGUAUAAGAAGGUGCUUAGUGACAUCAGACACUGUAUCCUGGCAACGGAUCUGGCUUUGUUUUUUCCCAACCGCGCACGGCUCAAAGACAUCGUCGCUAAACAAGGUUUUUCCUGGAAUGCCGAUGAACACAGGGACUUGCUUAUGGGCAUCUCAAUGACCGCUUGUGAUCUGUGUGCAAUGUACAAGCCCUGGCGAACCCAGCUCGACCUCGUCUAUGUCAUAAUGGAGGAGUUUUGGCAACAGGGUGACGAGGAGAAGCUGAAGGGUAUGACCCCCAUGGCGAUGAUGGACAGGGACAAAAAAGACGAACUGCCGCAGCUGGAGGUGGGUUUUAUUACCAGUAUUUGCUUACCCUGUUACGAGCUGCUGGGAAAUGUCCUGCCUGAAACACACCCCAUGCUGGAGGGAGUCAGAGAAAACCUAAGCCACUGGGAGGAGCUUGCCAAACAACAAAAGCACCCGGAAGAUUUGCUGGACACUGUUUCUUCUCAGAAAAACGGUCUCAAAAUGGGAAAAGACCUGGGCGAAAGCUACCCCGCCAAGGUGAAGCCCAUGGAGCACGACAGUGACGACAGUAAAAACGUGGAUGAUAUAGACAACAAACUCAAUGUCACGGGGCACACGGAUGAACAAGAUUCGACAUUUGCGACAGAGGGUAAAGUGAGUCCUACGGGACAAUCCUGAGAAGUUAUUACGUUUUGUGUCACGUGUGUCACGUGUCCUUCCGUGAUAAAGUUCGAUACGUGAUGAACUAAAUGAACUUUAGGUGGUGCCUGGACCGCUGUAACGUCACGCUUGUACCACGCGAUGCUUUUCUAUGGAAGCUGUUAUGGCGAGACCUCGGCUUUCAUUUAUUUCGCUGUGGUAGUGACGUGUACUCAUCCUGCACAUCCGUUUGCAGUGUCCGUCACGAAAUUGUCACACAAACUAACCCUGGAAUAAACAAAAAGCCUGAAAUCAAGAAGAACUGAGGAAUUGUUUCAAAUUACAAACUAGGCUUUCUACACUUCUGAUCGUUUUGAAGUGACUGGAGCGUGUACAGGGUGUGUCAAUAGAAGGGAUUUGUCUCCUCUUAAGACGGUAACAAAAUUCAGAAAAAAUGGAACCUUUGCACUCUGUCAAAGCGUUGAAAGUGUAGAAACGCGCCAUUUAACGAGAGCUUUAGGGUGCACAUAUAUAGCUAAUAGGAGAGAGAAUUAGCAGUUUAUCAAAGUGCAACUUUUACACAAAGGAAGCUUUAAUGUAAAGCAUCUUUGAGGAUACCGCCAACUCUGGAGAAGUGAGCAAUUCUGUCACAGUGUAGUCAGCAACUUUGAUAGACAAGUGUGCAUGUCUGCUUUAGAAACGUGUGCAUUUCUAUCUGAGAGAAGUGUACUUCUUUCUUAGACAUUUUAGAGUGGGCGCAAUGCCGGUUAACAUGAAACCGAAAGAAAAAGCAGGAUAAACAAUAGCUUGAAGAUCCUCUUCCUUGUGUAAAUACGUCAGGAGAUAACCUUUAUUUCCUCGACAAAUAAGACAUUUGCGAGCUAUUACAGGCAAUUACACGCUGAGUUUUUCAGCAGAGAAAAACCUAGGUGGACGCUAAAGAAAGUCAGGAAUGAAAGACGCACUGACACCAUGGUAUGAUUUACAAUGGUUUCCUCGACCUUUCGUCAUCUUUUUUCAGCUGUAUGACCUAUUGCUAGGGAAGUGAUUAAGGCCUGCCAGUACCCGCUGCUCUCAUUUGUUGGGUUCAGUCAUCACUGUGUCACUGCUAGUCGUGUGUCUUGGUUGGUUCGCCACAAGGCUUUCUGUUGUCAUGGUAACCAUGUGCAAAGAUAUUUACAUUCUUGGACUACUUUUGAGCCAAAGGCUGCAGUGGCUUGUUUUAGUUUGCUAGCGUUGUGCUCACCCAGCGUUUAUUUGCAUUCUUUUGUUUAUAGUCCUCUUGUCCAUAGUAUUUUUAACACUUCCUAAUUAAAUAAAAUCUGAUCCGCUGCGCCGCUACUACACACACCGCAGUGUAGCGGCAUCCAUUCUUGCUUUCCCAAAGAUCAUGAAGACUUAAUGGGAAAACAGCAACAAACAAAACAGAAAAUAAAUUAUUUAAUAAAACAGUAUGAACGUCUACAUUUGCCAGAUUUACAUAUGAAUACAGCCAGUCGGUCGCCGAGUCGAGAGCAAAGUUCUGGUGAUUUGUUGUCAUGGACACAAUAUGUGACAAAGACACACGUGUAAGGCAAAUUUAGGACUGAAGUCACAGUCUACGCAUACUUGUGUAUUGUAUUUCGGGGAUAUGAAAAAUUAUGAGACAUACACACAAGCCUCAGAAUCAUUGUCAGAAAGUUACCGGUGUUUGUUUUCCAUUCACUGACUUUUGUGAUCCCGAUAGUUCUGUUGUGUCUGUUCAACGAUUGGUUUUGUAAUCAUUGUGUCUGUUCAGUACUACAGGUAUUAUAGAUUAGUGUCCACACUAUAAAACAGCACUACGCCGAAGCUGCCACACGGGUGCUGUUACCUGUAAUUUGUGUGAUGUUAUAUGUGUUAGGUGUCUACAAUACUUUCUAAACCCUGUAUCUGACUGGUUACUUCUACAGUGACGUGAAAACAAUCCAUUAGAACGAACUCACUUGAACGUUUAUUUUACUGAUUGUUUUGAAUGUUGAUGAGACUCGCUUUUUACUCGAGGAAAUGUGUGUGUGAAAAGCAAGAUGAAUGAAAUUUUGAAAGUAAAGAUGUACACACACCAGAUGCGGUAGUGGUAAAGUGAGGAUAAGGCAUUGCCCUAGGGCAACAUGGGGAAUGACAGGACAAGAGUUCUGUUUCCGAAGUUAUAAAGAGGUGGCCAGACCCCACAGAUGUUUUACUCCUGGAGCCGCAGUUCUAAAGCGGUAGAAAGAUGUUCUGAAGUAAAGAAACAAAGUAAUAUUUGCUAGAUGUGGGCAUAGCAUUGAAACUAUUGAAGACGCUUGUCAUUGAGUUCCCCAUUUUGCCCUGGGCAAGCGACUUACCCUCGACUUAACUGCGGUCCCAAUAGAGUUUGUGUGGCUAUGUACAAAUGCGCACGAGAAAGGUAAGAGAAAAGCAGUUAAUCGUGGACAGCGGGGAGAAAGUGUAAGUGGGGAGGGCUGGGUGGGGGGGGGGGCCUGAAGAGAGCGAGGGAAAGAAAAAUAAGCAGAAAGGAGGGAUGGGGAGGGUGUACUUAGUUGCCUGCUUGUCCCUUGUAUCCUGUCUCACCCAUAUCGAUCAGAGGACUCUGCCAAACACACAAACACAUCUAUCCACAAGACUGAUGAUGUCAAGAAAGCUCUCGCGAAGCCUGAUUUAUUAGGUUUGGGCCAGUGUUGCUGCAAAUGUUGCUGAUUAGUCUUGGCCAGAUCAUUGCGCUGGAUAGCAAUGAGUGUCAGGUCUUGCCGAAGUCUUUUGUUUAAACAUGUGACCAGAUCAGACAAAUAGUCUCUUGUAUAGCUAUUCCUCUUGUAUAUCUACAAUGCAAGUAAUAAAUAUUUUAUAUUCUUCUGGUUGUGUUGCAGCGAAUAGAUCUUUUAAUAUUAUUUUGCUUUUUUCAGAAUCAUACACUAGCUUGUGUUUCCAAGCGUCAGGCAAUAGUUCUGGCCAAAUAUGCGAUUAAAAAGUAAAUAAAAAUACAAAUGAAUUGCG